UCCUCUCUCUCUCUCACACACACAAACACACAGUACAGAGUUCUGGAGCAGAAGCCCUUUCUAUGAGGCUUAUACGCAAUCCUUUUUGCAAAUUUAUAAUGGAUAUUAGAAAUGCUUGAGAGAGGCUAAUCGAUGGAAAAGGAGUCUGACGAGAAGUUCUUCAACCCCAAUCUGAGCCGACCGAUCAACAUCAACCCAGAAUCAAUCAAUCACAGCCAUUCGUCGAAUGCAACCUCCACCUACACAUCAACCACAUCCUCUUCAUCCUCCUCACCUCCCGACUUGGUCCGGCAAGUUCAAGCCGCCUUCAAACGCCAUCCUCCAAUUGGUGCGACGCAGUCAAAUGGUAUUAAACCGAGGAGAUUUUUGGUUCACAAACAAGAAACUUCAAAGGACUCAAACAUAAAACCUUACUUGACAUUUGAUGCCAAAAACACGAAAGAGGAUUUUCAACAGGGUCAUAGAUCAAUGGUCUCCGUUUCAGAGUCCAAGAACAUGGUUUCCGUCACUGAAGAGAACCAGGAGGCUAUAUCAAUUACCCCGCAUUCAGAAUGGGGUUCCACUGUGACUACACUUGAACAAAAUUUUAAGCCGUUCAAUGCUCAAAGAGAUCAACCUGGACUCGCUGCAAGGUCUGGAAGCAAUGAUAAAGGUGUUGUGGGAACUGGGAAUUGUCUGGCUGAAGUGCAAAAGAAGGUUCGUUUUGCCACUGAGGCCAAUGCUUCAUCUCGCGAAGCAGAAUGGGAUGUGGGUAAUCAAUCAGAUGCUUCAGCUGCUGUCAAUCAAGGCUGGCAGCGUCAUAGUAUACAGAGCAUUGAAAUGGAUAAUAUUUUUAUGUCUGAAGGUUCUUCUCUGUUUGCUAGAAAAGCAAUUUCUACCCAGGAUCAGUUACACCGGCUUGGAAACUGUUUGCAUAAUGAUUUUAAUAACGCCGUGACCCAAACUUCGGUUGUUGAGUCAUCUUGUGUUACUUCAACACUAAUGGACUCAACUGCUGCUUCAAUGAUUAGUUCAACAACUAAUUCAUCACAAGCUCACAUUAGCAGUGCCAAUAUGGGUUCAGAUCCUGUUGGAGACGCUGAAGUGCAGAUGGAUGUUGUGAAGCCAUCAUAUUCUUUACAAAACAAGUAUGCUGGUGAAGUUUUAUCUCAUCAAUUAGCAGCAUGCUCACAAGCUAUUAGCUCCAUUGCUCCAAUGCCAGCGGAAGUCGAUAAAAUUUCCAGCAUGCCAGUGGAGCAGCAACGGAACAGUGUGCCAGAGGAAGAUGGCAAUUCUAAAAAUUCUUCCCAUGCAAUAGAAAAUUCAGCCAAAGGAAAUGUAGUUAACACAAAAUCUCAACCUCAGUUAUCAAGAGUAUCUCCAUCAGAUGCAAAGGUUGAAGAUUCCAAGUCUGAGAAAGUCGAAAGAGUUGCAAGUGGUAAAGCAGAAUCAACAUCUCGUAGAAGAGGUUAUGACCCUGACUUGUUUUUCAAAGUUAAUGGGAAGCUCUAUCAAAGACUUGGCAAGAUAGGUAGUGGAGGAAGUAGCGAGGUGCACAAAGUCAUUUCAUCUGAAUGCAAAAUUUAUGCCUUGAAGAAGAUCAAACUUAAAGGCCGUGACUAUGCCACAGCAUAUGGAUUUUGUCAAGAAAUGAAAUACUUGGACACAUUGAGGGGGAAGAGCAAUAUUAUUCAGCUGAUUGAUUAUGAGGUGACAGAUAAGACUUUGCUUCAAGAAGUGACAAAUGGUUCCAUGAGUAAUAAGGAUUACAAGAUCAAGAAUGAUGGGUAUAUAUACAUGGUACUUGAAUAUGGAGAAAUUGAUUUGGCACACAUGCUGUCUCAGAAAUGGAAGGAACUUGACGGUUCUAAUACAAUCAUAGAUGAGAAUUGGCUUCGAUUUUAUUGGCAGCAAAUACUUUUGGCAGUUAACACUAUUCACGAGGAACGUAUUGUGCACUCUGAUCUGAAACCAGCCAAUUUCCUUCUGGUGAGAGGUUCCCUGAAGCUAAUUGAUUUUGGAAUCGCAAAGGCUAUACUGAGUGACACAACCAACAUCCAACGUGACUCACAGGUUGGCACGCUGAGUUACAUGUCUCCUGAGGCAUUUAUGUGUAACGAGAUGGAUGCAAAUGGAAACGUAAUAAAAUGUGGCCGUCCAUCAGAUAUAUGGUCCCUUGGCUGCAUCCUAUACCAAAUGGUUUAUGGGAGAACACCGUUCUCCGGUUAUAAAACUUUCUGGGCAAAAUUCAAAGUCAUAACCGAUCCAAAUCACGAGAUCGUAUACGAACCUUUGUCAAACCCCUGUCUUCUUGAUCUUAUGAAGAAAUGUCUUGCUUGGGACAGGAACAAGAGAUGGAGGAUUCCUCAACUACUCCAACACCCGUUUCUUGUACCUCCAGUUCCACCUCAACUACCUUGCCCUCUUGACCAAAGCCAUAGAUUGUUUCAACUUAUUAUCGAAUCAAGUGAAACAGAUGAAAAGACGUUGAUGUUAUGUUCCCAACUCCAAAACUUACUGAAGGACUCAACGUCAAUAGUAGAAUCUGAGUCAUCUAUGUCAAGACACCAACUAUGUAACUUACUUCGUAAAGUCUCUACCCUUUGCUUUCAGCUCCAGGAUCAGCUAGGAAACUUGGAAGGAGAUAAAAACAUCUGAUCAAUUAAUUUAUAUAUUGCAUGUCUUUUGUCUGUGAUCUUCCUGUAUGAUGUUCUAUUGUUUUUAGUUUUUACCCAUUUAACCGAAUUUCCCAAUUUUUUCUCCUUGUGCGUGUAAGAUUUGUAAAAAAAAAAACAAUUGUUGAUAUUUUGUAGCAUGUUGCUGUGAAUCAGAGUUAGAUUUCAGUUCAUCUCUCCCAUGUCAUCUUGAGCAGUUCUGGUAAGAUUUCUACUAUGAAUACCUAUUCAGUUCUGGUCCCUAUUUUUUUUUUUCAUUUGAUGUUUUGUGCUCGUUGCCAGUUUCUCUUACCUAAUUAAUGCGAGUGGCUGCCAGAUUUAAGAAAUCGUACACAUGUAGGGGUCAUUUCCAGCUAUGAAGCCUAGUUACAUAGUUUUGAUGAGGCAAACCGAGCACGCAUUUUCGGAUACGAAAGCUGUAAAUAAUUUACACUUGUUGUGAUCGUUCACGGAUAUGGCACUAUGUUUUGGGCCAUCCAUUCGUUUUCUCAAAACCUCCAUUCAGGAAAGGGAAAAAGAAAUUAAAUGAGGAUGUGGAUUGCAUGCAUAAUAGUUUUGUGUAUACAGAAUUCAUGUCCCAUGUUGUUUUGUCAUUUGAUGUUGUAUUCACUCGAAAGUAUAUUCGCGGUCGAUUGAUGCGAGAUUUACUCCAUGUGGCUACAGUUUUUUUUUUCUUCUUUUCCUUAAAGGACUUGUCAGUAGAGAAAUGGCUUGAAGCUGUGAUGGCACCUUCUGCCAAAUAAAGGAAUAACCAUCUGCUGCUGCACCAUGUGAAAUGUGAGAAUGUCCUUUCUUUCUUUAUUUCUUCCCUUUAUUUACAUUACACUUUCUCCACUGUAAAUUAUGUUGUUUGAUUUCUGAUUUUUUGUUCAGCUUUUCGAUAAUGAAGACGAGGGACGGAAAUUGCUUAAUCUCGUCUCGGAAAUUGCUGUUCAAAGACACUGUGCUAGUUUCUCGUCUUGCUUGAAUGGUGGGGGCUAUUGCAUGGGGCAUGCACAGUUGUGUAUUUGGAUGCUUCUAGAAGGCCAAUAUAUGAUAUUAUUACAUUGUUGUCGCCUGCUGUAUACUAAACAUUUGCUGGAUUUGUCUUGGCCCUUUUGGAGAUUUUGCUGGAUUUGUGAAAAUGCUAUUCACAACUUUUAAUUAAGUUUUAGAAUAAAUUUGUUUAUAAUUUACCGUUACAGUAUUUUUGGAGGGUUUCGUACCAAAUACCAAUCAUGGUGAGAAUGUACUUUUAAAUAUUAGAUAAAAGUCCCUCACUAAUAAUUUGUAUAAUUAGAGGUAAUGAUUGUGUUUUUUUAAGAGACUCAAAUGUAUUGUUGGUACUGUGGUCACCUAUCAAUUUAUUAUUUAUUAUUUAUUCUUUA